CAUGCCAAUUUUCUCCUGAGACAGGGGCAGCGUUGCCAUCACUCGCAGGAGCAUCAAUCCCGUCGACUGUAGCCCAGAGAAAGAAAAUGGCGGCGGAGCUCAGGGAGAAAUCUGCUCCGAGUCCUUUGAAGGCCGAGCAAGGGAAAGGGACGCAGAUGGGAGAACGGCUCCUGGCGGGGGCCACGAAAGAGAAGGGAGUGGGCCCGGGCUCCCGCCUGAUUCCCACAGGCCGCAUCCAGGAUUUCUGGGAGAGGGCGGAUCCCGAGAAAACAACCCCGGAGCCUUGCAGGAACCUGCAGCAACGCUGGGAGUCUCAGCUGCAGGAAUUCUUGAAGGUUCUGGAAGCUCCUUCCUUGGAAGGGGGAAGCCCACAGCCUCGGACGCCUCUUCCCAGAAGCGACCCUCGCCCGUUCCCGGCCUCCUUCCGAAGGAGAGCCAGUUGCCCCCAGCAGCCUCGAGCCGAGCGAGGGACCCAGCUCACAAUCAGCCUGAGUGGAGAAGCCCACAGGAUGGCGCCUCCGAAGAGGCUCCAUGGUCCGAAGGGUGCCAGGCUUCCCCGGGGCCAUCAGGCCAUCAGCUGGAACGAGGAGUGCUGCCUCUUCCGGCAGUUCGGCUACCAGGAAGCCAAUGGGCCUCGGGAAGCCUGCUAUCACCUCCAAAGGCUCUGCCACCAGUGGCUGAAACCGGAGCAGCACACCAAGGAGCAGAUCUUGGAGAUGGUGGUGCUGGAGCAGUUCCUGGCCAUCCUGCCCCCGGAACUGCAAGGCUGGGUGCGGGAGUGUCGCCCUCUGACCUGCACCCAGGCUGUGAUCCUGGCGGAGGAUUUCCUGCUGCGAGAGGAAGAGAGCAAAGGCCAGGAAGAGCAGGCCGUCAGCCUCUUGGAGAAGGACCACUUGACGGAGAAGGCUCCCCUGGAAAGCUGGCAGAGACCCCCCCUUAGAGAGGCGAAGCGGGAGAGCGACCAACACGUGGUGCUGUUGGAUGAGGAGGAGUUCUGUGAGGAAGACAGCGAAGAUCGAGAGUCGGGUUGGGAGUGGUCCGGGAGAGGCGAGCCCGGCGUCUCCUGUUCUCCCAAUCCGGGAGAAGCAUCGGAAACCCUCUACUGGAACAGCGAGGAGAAGGCGGAGGGCAAAUUCAUCAAUUCCCAGGGGACCUACGAGGACUUGGACGAGAGCGUCCUGCAGCCCAGCCUCUUCCCCAGUGAGCCGGACAACACCUGCCUGAUUUGCCGCAAAGUCUUCCGGCGCCGUUCCAACCUCAUCGCCCACGAGCGGACCCACUCCGGCGACCAGUAUUACAACUGCUCGGAGUGCAGGAAGAGCUUCGUCAGCCGAGCCGCCUUCCUCAUCCACCAGCGGGUCCACACGGGGGAGAAGCCGUACAAGUGCUCUUUCUGCGGGAAGGGCUUCAACACGGGCUCCAGCCUCACCCGCCACAAGCGCAUCCACACGGGCGAGAAGCCCUACAAGUGCCUGGAUUGCGGGAAGCGGUUCAAUGACUACUCCAACUUCAUCGUCCACAAGCGGAUUCACACGGGCGAGAAGCCGUACGAGUGCUCGAUCUGCGGGAAGAGGUUCAGCGAUAACUCGAACUUUAUCAAGCACCACCAUUGAGCGGUUCGCCUGACGGGCUGGUAGAGUUUUUGUGUCUUUUUUUUUUCCCUUUCCUUCCUUCCAAUUGAUGAGAAACACAGUAGAAUCGCCAUUAGGGUGGCAGUGACACAAAAGCAUUUCUGCUUAUAGAUAUGCCAGACGUGAGUUUCUGCAGCAUCAGUUGACUUGAGUGGUUUGGGUUAGGAGGCUACUCUGAGGAGGCCAAAAACUUCUUCCAUUUCGAUCCCAAAGGUGCUUUCUUCGCCCACCCCCACUCCCCCCAGAGGCAACUGGACUUUCUGGUUUUCCUUUGAAGA